CAUGAGUGAUAUAUGGCCUGUAUUGCGUCGAUGAUCUUAACCCUGCUGGAUGUUCCACAAUUUAGUACAUUCAUUUCCUCUCCGUUGAUAAACGCUUGGUUGAUCUCCUGGUCAAGUUCGAUGACCUAAUACCAUAACCGAUCGAUAUCUUAUUUGGGGAUCUCAGUGGUCGAGGUUAAGCGCAACUCUUGAACCAUCAUGUCCCAUUUAGUAUAUGACAUGGCCACCUCUUUGUUUAUAACCCUCUGCUUUCUCACUCCCCUUGUUCACACCCCCUCCCUUCUCGGGUCCCGAUUCCCACACCCUGCCAUGAAUCAACAUAUGAUAGCCCUCCCGACCCCAUCCUGUCGGCCGCACAGCCCACUCCCUCGUUUUCAUCAGCCAUCUCAUCAUUGGUGUGACCCCGAGGCUAUCCCUCGCUCUGUUGUUCCCUUCACCUUCCCCCCCCCUCUGUUUGGAGGCCAUGCAUGUGCUUGAUAAACCGAGGCUUGCCCAGCCAAUUCAUUGGGGCACGUUUC